GCGCGCACUCGGGGAUAAGGUUUGCUCCCGAGCCGAUCACAGAGCGAAUCCUGCAGGCAGCGAGGCGCUGAAGGGUGUGACAAGUUUGGUCUGGUCGUUCCUGAAUGUGGAUAAUUUUGUCAGUUCCUCCUCUGCUGAUAUGCGUGGAGUUGUGGUAACAGCACCUCAGUGCAAUGUGGUAUUCUUCAAGAACCCCCUGCAACUAGAAAACAGACCGGUCCUGUUUAAGGCUGUGUAGAACAUGCCAUUAAAAAGCCCAUGAAAAAUACAGGCUGAUUUUUAGCUCACAUCUUUUAUCAGUUUUUAUCCUUGGCCUAUUUGUACGAUUUGUUUCACGGUUUGAAAAUGAUCAGAAGUGAACCCAAAAGUGACCGAGUGCUAAGGAGUGCCUCCCCUCACAGAAAUGCAUACAAAUCAGACUUCCACUCCAUCAAAUGCUCCUUCGAGGGCCCGUCCGUCCUUUACUCCUAUGGAGGUAGCGAGACCCGAGGCAGACCAUCAGGGAGCCGGGUGAAUGAAAUCAAAAACAUCUUUCUUCAAAAGGAUGCCCAACAGCCACAGGACAGCACAAACCAAACCAAACCUGGAACGGUUAAACUGCAACGAAGCUCCUCCUCAUACAGGUCUAGCCUGGGAAGUGCCUCCAGCAUGGAAUCAGGCAUCUUGGAAGUGGUACGAAAAUCAGAGGACAUCUCAUUUGACAAAGUGGCCCUGGCUGAGAAGUUCUCAGAAACCAGAAAGCUCUUUGAGAGUGGACUACCAACAGACAGAAGUGCACCUGGUAGACCUGUCAGCCGAUCUUCUGUGCGUAGCAUUUCAGAUGAAGGCAGGUGUGUGAAGAAGCUGACAGAAAAGACAGACCAAAUUCAGAUAAUAGGAGAACAACCAAAGGAAGACAAGGACAGAGGAAGAACUGAGCGUGAGACACAACCACAUAAGCCUGCGGUGAUGAUGAAGAAUGCAGGACCUAUAUCCAGGAGACUGGAGAGCUUCAUGUUAGACAGUGACAGUGAGUCCUUGUCUGGCCCAUCUGUCUCAACUCGUUCACAAAGUCCAAGUAGUCAUUCCCAACCACCAUCGUCCCCAAACAGUGAGCAUUCAGAUCCACCUUUGUCGCCAGAUAGUGACAGUUCUCCCACAUCCUAUUCUCUGUGGCCUGAAAGCCCUUCUGGCCAGGCAGAUGCAAACUUAACUUCACAAAGUGAGUCCCAGUAUUCACCUACCCCAGUGAAUGGAGUCUGCGCAGGAGAAAGCCCUCACUGGAGUAGCCGUAGCACAAACACCACAGUGGACAAUGCUAAUGAAACUUCAGUUUCCGUUGUCUCAACAGAACCAACUAUUUUUAAAAGCGAGAAGCGUCAUCGUUUGUCCCUGAGCAGUGGUUCAGUCAGUCCUUCAGGAGAUGGAAAUGAGUGUUUGGAAUGGAAUGUCUCCGAAGGGAAGCAACACAAGGGGGAGUUUGGCACCCCAGGUCUGUCUACGGUCCGAGCCGAGUUAGUAGUGGUCCAUAAUGAAUCAUCAGAGGGUGAGAGCAAUGAGGAAGACCGCAUUGGGGAUGACGUUUUUGAGGAGGUCAAGAAAGCGCAACCUCCCACAAAUCUUCAUUCAAAAAAAGAACUCAUAGACAGCAAGGAGGUCCAAAUCAUAUAUCAUGAAGAUAGAUCAGGGAGGGAUUUUAGGAUAGGGGAGGAGAAAAAGAAGGUAGGGAUGGACGUGACAAUGGUUGUACGAGAUAAGGAUCAGGAAAGGCAGGAAAAAUUGGCUGAGGAUAAAGGUAUGCACAAAGAGGAGCAGAAGGAGGAAGAGGAAGACGAGAAGGUGAAGGAGGUACAAGACAAGGGAGAGCAAGUGCAAGAGGAACUAUGUCCACACAGUGAGAUGAAAGCUGAACAGAAAGUGAAGGAAGAGGAGGAAAGUGGAAUGCCGAACGAGCAGAGGGAAACCGAGGAGAAUGUGGAAGAUGACAGUGAUGUGGUGAAAGAGGCUUUAGAGGAAGAAGAUGAUGAACGUGAUGUUGAAGAAGUGACCGUGGAAGAGAGGCAACACCAAGUGAAUGAGGACUCUGCUGGGAAGAGACCUUUGAUAUGUGGGAUUGAGAAUGCUGCUUUUGUGGAUGACCGGGAAAGUAAGUUGGACUAUCAGCAAAAGGGACAGCACACUGGACCAGACCAUGACCAGUUCCAGGAAUAUGAGGAGCUUCCAGGCCUCUCUGAUGAAGAAGACCUCAACUCAAGGAGGAAGAUCAGAUUCUCCACUGCUCCUAUCAAGGUAUUUAGUACAUAUUCCAACGAUGAGUACGAUCGCAGGAAUGAAGAAGUUGACCCCGUAUCCGCGUCAGCUGAGUACGAGCUGGAGAAGAGGGUAGAGAAAAUGGAUGUCUUCCCAGUGGAAAUUCAGAAAGGAGAUGAAGGUCUAGGGAUCAGUAUAAUAGGAAUGGGUGUAGGAGCUGAUCAAGGUCUGGAGAAACUCGGCAUCUUUGUCAAAACCAUCACAGAGAAAGGAGCGGCUCAGCGCGAUGGCCGUAUUAGAGUCAACGAUCAGAUCGUGGAGGUGGAUGGGAUCAGCCUCGUAGGAGUCACCCAGCUGUUCGCUGCCACUGUACUGAAGAACACUAGAGGACUUGUGAAGUUUCUGAUUGGCCGGGAAAAGCCUGGGGUUGAGAGUGAAGUAGCUCGAUUAAUUAGUGAAACUCUGGAGCAAGAAAAGAGCCCACAAAAACAGGUCCAGGAUGAUGACACUGCUGACCAGGAAACAGAGAAUGGAGAAAAGGUCCCCCAACCUCAAGAAGCUCAGUCUGAAGAGCAAACGGGUCACAUCCUGCAGGAACAUGAUCAAGUCAAGCAAGAAGACCAGCUACUAGCAGGGGAAAAGAAGAAGAACGCCAUGGAGGAGGAUGGAGAGACUCAAGUGGAAGAGAAGGAGGAGGAGAAAGAAGACAACAUAGCCCUUGAUUUGGCUCAGGAAGUGUUUGCGCACCUGAAGAAUAAAGGCAUUGUUAUUCCCGAGGACAUGAAUUACACCGAGCUGGACCAAACAUUCAAAGAGCUCCAAAUGAAGCACAACACAACUCUAGCAGAGCUGAAGCAGAUGAAGGAAAAGCUGCGAGUGUGUGAAGCCGACCGCUUAGCCUGGGAGGCUCGAGGUGCAUCUCUGGAGAAGAGUGUGAAUGAGAGUAGAGAGAGAAUAGAGAAGUUGGAGAAGUACUGGCUCGAUGCUCAGGCUCUCUGCAAGACCAUCAACCAGCGACUCAGUGAGGCCCAGAGCCAGCACGAGUCACUGCAGGUCAAAUACGACAAAGCUAACACGCUACUACAAGAGCACAAGGAGCGGGAGGCUGAGUUUAUGAAAAGAGAGGAGGAUUUGAAGAAACGUCUAGAGGACAGAGAGAGGGAUUAUAAGAAGACUCUUAGAAAGCUUCAUGAACAGAUUGCUGUUUUGGAAGGUCGAGUGAGUUCAGAUCAGCCUGAGGAGUCGUGCAGUCCUGCAGUAGAGAGCCAGCAGAGCAGCCCCACCUCGGGAUCCUCAGACAGGAAUGAACAUGCUUCAGACUACCUCGUACACGAUGUGGACUUGGGGGCGGCGGUACCCCGGACGGAUCGUCUAGACUGCAGCGCUUACAGAGCUAAAGCCAGGCUCACCCAAGGAGUCCAGCGAAAAAGGCCAUCUCGAAACAAACUCCGAGAGUCUGCUAAGAGCACACAGUCCUCCAUUCAGCCGCAGCAAGAAGAGAGUAUAAGCGAUAACAAUAUUGAAACUAACCGGAGACAAUCCUACUUGGAGAGCCUCUCCAUACCUGUACCCACUGCACAGCCUGGCUAUGAGCAGAGGAGUGAGUUUCAAGGCAGGACGAGGCCUGGAGGAGAAAGACCAGGUGAUUUGUCCAGCUCUCCCUCCCUUCAGGGCCUUAUGCCUCAUGGAGAAGGCAGCACAAAGUCUAGCCUGUCUCCUCCUAAAGACUCGUCUACACCUCACUCUCCCACGUCCAGCCAGUCGUCCACCGGUCUGCUCCACAACCUCCGUAACAAGAGGUACAAGAAGAAGGAGAGCAGUCAGAGCAGGAAGAACAAAGAUGAGGAGAGUGACAGCUCAACAACAAGAACAUCCAAAAGAAGAUUUCCUGAUUUUGGCGGUUUGCGCAAAUCUGGUGGGAAAGGCCGCAAGCAAGAAAAGGAGGCACAGCGGGGUUCUGUUGGGAGCAGGAGCUCCAGAGAGUUGGUGGACGAAUCCAGCGGAAAUGCCUCUCCCUCCGACUCUGUAUCCUCCAUCCCAUCCUGCAUGCCUUUCUCCUGGUUCGGAGACAGGGAGAGAUCUAGAGACAGGGAGCGAGAGAAAGAGCAGUCGCUGUCCAGCUGUAGUCUCCCCCACAGUCCUACAGAGGGACACACGGAGGAUGGAACGGAACGAAGGAAUAAGAGCACCUUGUCCUGGCACUCUCACCUCUCACACUCCAUAGAUUUGAGCUUCGAUUUGAAUUCCAGCAGUCCUCGCUCUGCCCUGGCGUAUUUAUUGAGUGAACCUCGUACUCGAGGACACUCCCAGAAGCACGUCUUCUCCUCCUGCGAGACCCUCGAUGAUGAACCUGCUCCUGUUACAAGGCAACAUUUGUGGCAGAACCGCCCCCUUUCAGAGUGGACCAAUCAGCAGGUGUGUCACUGGUUGAUGGGCAUGAACAUGGACCAGUAUAUAGCUGAGUUCACUGCAAAGGGCAUUGACGGUAAACGUCUGGCCGAUUUGGACAGCGGUAAACUCAAGGAGCUGGGGGUGUCGAGUCAGAGAGAUCGCUCCACCAUUAAGAGGAAGCUGAGAGACAUGAAGAAGGCACAGGAAAAGUUGGAGAAGCAGCGGGCGAAGAAGGAGAAGGAGGGCCGACUGAGUGGUGGUGGUGGUGGUAAACCUGCUAAUCUUGAAUCUGCCUGCUGAAUCUGAAUCUCCAGUAAACCUUACACUUCAGGGAAAAGCCCCAAUCUGGGAAACAUGGACAUUCCCAACAGGAUGUCAUGUACGUCACGCAUGUGUGUGCAUGUACUGCAAAUCACUGGAUAUGAUGGGAAUAGGAAAACACUCAUUUGGAAGUAACUUAGAUUCUUCUAGCACAUUCUCUCAGUUCCUCUGGUUAAGUAAAGAUAUUUUUUACAAUCUUUAAUCAUAGUUUUAUAUCUUAGGACUUGAUUUGUCACCUCCAGGCUUAAGACUCAAGGUGUCUUAAUUACACUGCUGCCAUUUUGAAUCAAUUCUUGUGUUCCACCUAAAUUACCUAAAUGAAAUUGUUUAAGUUUAUUCACUCCAUGCAGAUUUUAGUCUCUCCAUUGAUACCAAUUUGAGGAUAAUGUCCUGAUUUGGCAGAGUGACAGGUGUCCUUGGGUCAACAAAGGUAAAACUCAAGUUAAAUUUCAGCGAAUCACAAACCUAGGUAUAUGACAUCACCAUUAUCCCUUUUGCUCACUCAUUUGGCUUGAUGCUAUGCCUAGCAUAAAAUAUUACAUAUAAUUAUACAAUAUAAUAGUAUGAAAACACAAACAAAGCUUGCUAGCGCUACGCCUAUGGUAGUUAGCUAAGUACUUCUUUUAACUAAUUUUAAAAAAGCUCUAUUGCCAACUCUAAGUGGCUAAGGAGCCAAAUAUUAUAUUGUGUAAUUAAAAUCAGGAGCCAUGUUUGCUAACAGGAAAGCUAACAUUAGGUAAACUAUUUUAUUGCAUAAUUAAAAGCAAUAGCUACAUUUGUUUACAGCUUCAUUCUGUUUACAUACUAAAGAAAAUGAAUAUAUUUGCACAUGCAAGUUGAAUAAUAUUGGGCCUAAAAUUGAGCCCUGGGGUACCCCACAUGCCUAUCAUAGGUUAAACUAUUAUGAUGAUGUCAUGUCCUAUGAAUUUGUGGUUGGUCGAGCAAAUGUAACCUAAGCUCCACCCUUGUUGAGCCAGUGAUGCUGGGAUAUAAACAAAAAUCUAAAAUCUAAAUCAAAAUCUGGUGUGACGGUUCCUAUUCAUUCACACUGGAGGGCAGCAGUGUAACUGAGGUGACCCAUACGGCACUUCUCAUCAGGGCCGGCAUUCACAAAGCUUUUCCAAGUCAAACUGCUGAUAUUGGAUCUGUCUUAAUGUCCAUAACCACCAUAAACUGGGAUUUUAUUGAAUCCAGUGUCUGAUUUAUUUUUCUCUGAAGUGCUUUGUGAAUGCUAGAGCACACCCUGCACUUUAGCUUAAACUCUAAUUUUAAUCUGCAGCAAGCGAGUGUCUGCUUUAUGAAGCACACACACAGGAGUGCUUUGCUGAGAAAACCUACUGAGUGGAAAUUGUGUGCACUUUUAAGUGUGCACAUCACCUCCCCUACUGUACACUUUGUCUUUUUACUUUUUUAAAAAUAUCUGCUUAUUUUUAUCAUCAGCUGUACAUAAUGAGGCAAUGCUGUCAGUGAAAUUGUGUCAGGAAGAGAAGUCUUCACUGUCUUUUAUGCCACAGAUGGUUUUACAUGUGUAACAAUAAAUAAAAAGUAUUUUACAUGAACUGUCAA